AUGGACUACCAACAACCCUCGACCCUGAACCAAUCCACCGAUCAGCCUGGCCGCACCAUAUUUCCCCGGGGGCCAGCCUUUAACCUUGACGACUUCUCCGAUCGCGAUUUCAUAGCCAAAGAUUUCAUAGAGUCUUUGACCGACAGCGCCCAAUCCUCCAAUCGCCGCUCCAACGGCGCCGCUGCUCCUUUCGAUCCUAAGCCCUUGAUUCGCACUUUUGAACAGGCUGCUCGUCGACUCGAUGAUCUAUCCGGUGAGCUGGAACAGCGAGAGAACGAACUGUCAGCCGCUGUGAGAAGAGCAGAGGCUCAGCACUCAAGCAAUACCGAAUCUCUUGGCAGGAAACUCAAUCAGACAAUUGAAAGCUUCCAGAAAUUAGACACCUCCCUGAAGUCUGACCGUGGUGAGAGAUGGGGAGGAAAUGUCGCCGUCGAGACUGGUCGUCGCUUAGAAGAACUUGAUCGCCAAAGGAGAAGAGCUCUAGACGCUCAUUUUCUGAUCGAGUGCUGGGAUGAAGUGAGUAACCGGGGAGAGGUCACGCUACUCGAGAACCUUCGACGAUCAGGCACAGGUGAAGGCAAAAUUCGAUCUGCCAAUAUCGCCCGUCAGCUCCUGAGAAUAAGUCAACGUCUUGAUCCUAAAAGUCACGGCCAGGUCAAUGGCACCAAAACAGUCGGGAUCACAAACGGCGUGGCAGGGACCAAGAAUUUCAACACAAGAGAGGUCAUUGAGAAAUUCAUUGAAACCCUGGAAAAUGAUAUGCUCAAGCUAUUCGACGACUUUUACAGGCGCCAGAAUUUCGAGGAAAUGAAAAAUUGUGCCAUUGUAUUACAAGACUUCAACGGCGGUGCCUCGGUUCAAGCAUCCUUUGUCAAUCAGCACCAGUUCUUUAUCGACCGGAGCAACCUGGUGACAGAUGAGGUCGGCGGUGAUCAAGAUACCUGGAUCAGGCUAUCAGAUCCAGACGCUGACCUGCCAGGUGUUGAACCAGGUCUGCAAUCACUCAUCGACGAAGUGAAGGUGGUAGUUCAAGAGGAAUCAUCCAUCAUCAAAAGGGCCUUCCCUUACCCGGAGCAGGUUCUCGGUAAAUUCGUACAAAGAGUGUUCCAGCAAUCGAUACAGCAAAGGUUGGAACUCGUCCUGGAAAAGGCAGAAUCAGAAUCCACCUUAGCAUACCUGAGAUCGUUACAAGCUGCUAGAAGCUACAUCAGUAUUCUCGUGGAGGACCUCAAGGCUCAUGGGUUGACGGAGCAUCCGGAGUCGGUCACGUCGCAGACGAGUCAGUUGUUAGACCAACAGCUUGAUGAGCUCUUCACACCCUAUUUCGGUGGCUCAGCCUAUAUUGACAAGGAAAAGCACAACCUUCAAGAAUUGUACAAGUCGUUAUUGUUCAAGUUCGAGCUGUUUCAUUCAAGAAGGCAAAAGGAACCAAAGACAUAUCUGGCUUCCUUACGAAAUCGUGGACAGGAGCUUCUGGCAUCCGCCAGAGAAGCCACGGACGCUUACGUCAAGAGCCUGGACCUGGAAAAAAUGUCAUCCACCCAGAAGAGAAUCCUGCUGUCCGUUGCCGGUCUUAAGAAUACCGACAAAGCCUCACCUGAGAUUGAACUAUCUGAGGAAGACGGCAGACUACAUGUUGCCUUUGCUAAGAGAAUGCUAAAGUGGCUCGCGGAAGGCGUUCGCCGUGGUCUCGAGCUUGGAGGUGGCUCGGAGACGCCCAAGGACGUUGCAGCUCUAUUGAACCUGAUCGUGAAGAACCUCUUGACGAACUAUGUCGAAGUGUCUCUCGAAGCAGCAGCAGAAUCAGCCUCGUCUGCCGAGAACGCCAAGCGAGAACCAGAUAUGUCCUAUCUAGCCAACCUGCGGAUGGCAGUCCACAUCACACAUCUUGUCCAGAGUUGUGUCAAUACACUCCUGAUACCCCUUGCUGCAUCCAGUUUAACGACCAGGAGAGACAUGGAAAAGAAUACUCGGACCGCGAUCGUGCGCGUCGAAGAUCAGAUCAACACCAUUGAACAACAGACCGUUGAUGCCAUACUGAACUGGACGUCCCGCCUUCUCACGAACCAAGCACGAACCGACUUCCGUCCUCGAGACGACACCGAAGCCAUUUCUCUUGAGCAAGCGCAGACACCAACAUGCGACAGCGUAGAUAAAUUCCUGAAUUUGUUCUACGAGACCUCGUCACAAUCAAUCGACGGCGCGAACCUGAUUGCGCUCCUAACCGAAGUAGCCGUAGGCUUCCGGACGCAGCUGCUCGAGCACUUCAAGAAAUAUCAAGUUAAUAGGAUCGGCGGCGUAAUGCUGGCGCGUGACAUGAGUCGUUACGUCCAGCUGCUCCGCUCGUGGAAUCUAGAUGACGGGUUCAAGGCGAGUCUCGAGGUGCUAACCGAGUUGGCCAGCGUAUUUGUCUUGCAUCCUGAUGCGCUCAAGGAGAGGCUGAGAGGUCAGGUUCUAGGCAAUAUUGGGAAGGAAAAUCUAAGACCGUAUCUGCUUAAAAGGGACGAUUACACUAGUGUCGGCAUGCAGACUCUACUCUCUUCACUUUGA